GUAUGCAAUUAUUCAUUAGCACAGCCUUAAUUACCCAACUAAAGCAGCAAAAUGGAUGAUUUGUUACUGAAGAUAUGUAUGGUUUUUCUCUUGGUAGCAAUCCUCCUUUUCUCUCUCUAUGCUCUCAAGAAGAAGGAAAAGCAACACGACGGAAUAACAUCAGUUGAGCCACCCGGGGCUGUAGGCUGGGCACAAAUCAUUAGAGAAAAUGUGGAUUUCCUUCGGAAAGGUCUUACAGGGAUUCCAGAGCAAUUCUUUCAGGAUAGGAUUCGAAAAUACUCUUCAGAAGUCUUCAAGACUUCAAUAUAUGGAGAAACUGUGACUGUCUUCGGUGGUGCUGCUGGUAACAAAUUCUUGUUCUCAAACGAAUACAAACUUGUGAAGACGUGGUGGCCUAAAUCGGCUCGUAAGAUUAUACCAGUUGUAGGAGAUGCAGCCUCACCCGAGGCACAACGAGUAUCUAGGAACCUUCGUAAUAAGGUGUUUCCUUUGAUUAUUAAACCAGAUAUGCUCCGGAGGUACGUCGGCGUGUUGGAUUCUACGGCAAGGAAUCAUCUCAAUACUCACUGGGAUAACAAAACGGAAGUUGUUGUGUUUCCUUUAUCACAGAUUUACACUUUCUCAUCGGAAUGUUUGUUGUUCUUGAGCAUCACUGAUGAAACUCGUGUCAGUGAGUUACGCAAGCUCUUUAAUAUGGUCGCGGAUGGAAUCUUAACUGUACCAAUUAAUUUACCCGGGACACCAUUAAAUCGGGGCAUCAGAGCUUCUAAAAUUAUCCGAAAGGAAUUUGCAAAAAUAAUUAAGCAGAGGAUGGAUGAGAUGCACCUUUUUAAUGAGGAUGAGCUGCACAAGAAGGAUGAAAUAUCAUCGUCGUCAUCACCCUUGUCUUCAGUUCCACCGGCACAAGACUUGUUGUCGCAGAUGAUUCUAUUUUGUAGUGAAAAUGAUGAUCCAGAAUAUGUAGAAGGCAUCUCUGAUGAUUAUGAGUAUAAUGCAAAGACACUCACUAAUGCAAAUUACCUCGCCGACCUGUUACUUCCUGUAAUCCUCGCUGGAUACACCCCAAGUACUGUUAUUACAGUUCUUAUGAAAUAUCUUGCCGAGCUUCCACAUGUUCUGCAUGAGGUCCUACAGGAGCAGAACGAGAUUGCAAAUGGGAAAGCAACAGGAGAGUUACUAAAUUUAGAUGACAUACAAAAAAUGAAAUACUCAUGGAAUGUAGUUUGUGAGGUAUUGCGACUUGCACCACCACUCCAGGGAGCUUUCACCGAGGCAUUGGCUGACUUCACCUAUGCAGGAAAUUUCAUUCCAAAAGGAUGGAAGUUAUAUUGGAGCGCAAUAACAACACACAAGAAUCCAGAAUAUUUCUCAGAUCCGGAAAAGUUUGAUCCAUCUAGAUUUCAAGGGAAAGGGCCUGCUCCAUACACAUUUGUUCCAUUUGGUGGAGGACCUGCAAUGUGCCCUGGAAGAGAGUUUGCUCGAGUACAAAUACUCAUUUUCGUGCACCAUGUUGUCCGAAGGUACGAAUGGGAGAAGCUAGUUCCCGGGGAUGAAAAAUUAAGAGUCUGCCCCUUUCCUUUGCCGGCAAAAGGGUUUCCAGUACUACUCCGACCUCGGAAACCUAAUUAGCAAUUCCGAGCACUGAUAUGAUUUAUCAAAUAAAUUUAUGUCGUUAUCUUAUUCUACUGCUCAAUUGUGCUUGUUGUUAAGUUCGUGACAAUAUCUACCAUAUCUUCAUCUUCCUUUCAUGCUAGUAAAGUUAUUAGGUGACGACAUCAGUGAUUAUAUUUUGUGUCUAUC